GGUGGCCCGUGGCCGCCGUGGGGGCUCCCUGGGCUCGGCGCCAGUGGGCUUGACUCCUGAGCGCGCCCCGCGGGAGGAACCGAGGCCUGGCAGACGCUGCCCCGGGAAUGCUUUCAGGCGGCGCAAACAUGGCUGCGGCCCUGCGAGCUGCGGGCGCCUUGCUCCGCCAUCGGCUGGUGCACGGCAGCUCGAGGGCCUAUCAGCCAUGGAGGUGCUGGUCGGGUGGAGCCACAGGAGCAGCCGCCACAGAAACAACCCAGCGUGCCAGGAGCCCCAAACCUCAAGUUCAACCAGGGAAGAGGAAGCCCAAAACCGGAAUAUUAUUGCUAAACAUGGGAGGCCCUGAAACCCUCGGAGAAGUUCACGACUUCCUCCUGAGGCUCUUCCUGGACCGAGACCUCAUGACGUUUCCUAUUCAAGAUAAGCUGGCACCAAUCAUCGCCAAACGCCGAACCCCCAAAAUUCAGGAGCAGUACCGCAGGAUUGGAGGUGGGUCCCCCAUCAAGAUGUGGACCUCCAAGCAAGGAAAAGCCAUGGUGGAGCUGCUGGACGAGCUGUCCCCACACACAGCCCCUCACAAAUACUAUAUUGGAUUCCGGUAUGUCCAUCCUUUAACAGAAGAAGCAAUUGAAGAGAUGGAGAGAGACGGGCUUGAAAGAGCUAUUGCUUUCACGCAGUAUCCACAGUACAGCUGCUCUACCACAGGCAGCAGCUUAAAUGCCAUCUACAGAUACUAUAAUGAAGUGGGAAGGAAGCCUGUGAUGAAGUGGAGCACAAUUGACAGGUGGCCCACACAUCCCCUGCUUAUCCAGUGCUUUGCCGACCACAUCCUGAAAGAACUGGACCAUUUCCCACCUGAGAAGAGAAACGAGGUGGUCAUUCUUUUUUCUGCCCACUCCCUCCCGAUGUCUGUGGUCAACAGAGGGGACCCCUAUCCUCAGGAGGUGGGCGCCACUGUCCAGAGAGUCAUGGAUAAGCUGGGUUUCUCCAAUCCCUACCGGCUGGUUUGGCAGUCCAAGGUCGGCCCGAUGCCCUGGCUGGGUCCUCAGACAAACAAGACUAUCGAAGGGCUUUGUGAGAGGGGGAGGAAGAACAUCCUUUUGGUUCCGAUAGCUUUUACCAGUGACCACAUUGAGACGCUGUAUGAACUGGACAUCGAGUACUCUCAAGUUCUAGCCAAUGAGUGUGGAGUGGAAAACAUCAGAAGAGCAGAGUCUCUUAAUGGAAAUCCAUUGUUCUCUAAGGCCCUGGCGGACCUGGUGCACUCACACAUCCAGUCGGACGAGCUGUGCUCCAAGCAGUUGACACUGAGCUGUCCGCUCUGUGUAAAUCCUGUCUGCAGAGAGACUAAAUCCUUCUUCGCCAACCAGCAGCUGUGACUCUGCCGGAGGACCCCGUGAGAUUAGGCAAAUGCCCGACCUCCAGACACUUCUGAUUUGAGGAGGACGUAUUUAGUGAUCAAGAGAUGGAAGCUACAUUAGUAUAUGUGCAGCCUUGGGCACAAAUUGUGUGGUUUUUUGAGAAAUGGACUCUGAAAUCCUUAUUGAGGGUUUUCUUUUUUUAUAUACCCAUACAGUAAGCAUUUGUAUUCGCCUACUCUGAUUAAAGUUACUGGUUUGGAAUGUCCGCUAGGCUUUUUAAAAAGUGAGUUCUAAAAUUUUAUACUAUGAGACACAUAAAUACAGAUUUGGGGUUUGUUGCCUUAAAGACCCCCUGCAAGGGUGUGGAGAGUCCCCGCUAUAUCUUGUGCAUAUAGUUGCUGUUUUUUAAGUGAACAGAAUUGAUGAAAUGAAAUGUAAUUUGAAAAAGAAAGGGUACCUCGUCUUUGCCUAAGCCCACGGGUUGCAGAGCGCCACUGAGGCCCUGUGGUCACCUGCAGCUGCUGCUUUCGCCCUUGAGUCACCAUUAAUAAUUUUUGAAGUCACACAUGAACCUCACCUUCUGCACCAUAAAACCAAACCAAGCGCAGAUUUCAAAAGUGCUUUGAGAUUCCCCAGGCCCACAAGGCUAUUCAGUGUGUGGAAACCCAGCUUUGGCCAUGCGCGCCGACGUGGGAAUCUGUGGUGCCACAGGGAGGGCUCCUGCUGCCGCCUGUCUCCGAGGACAGCGGUGCUGAGAAAUGCUAAUGACAGGCUUCACCUUUAUAGCUCAUGCCACGGCCCUAGUGAACUUUUCCCCUGAGCUUCUUUAUCAUGGUUGAGUGUCUCCUUCCUGCAUAUUUGUUUGAAGAUUAUUUUGUAAAAUAAAGUCAGUUAUGUUUUAUAACUUUGAAAUCUUUAAUAAUUUUUAUUACAAAAAUUAUAUAACCAUGCUAUAGGAAAUGUGAAAAGGAGAGAGAAGCAAAAUAGCCACUCUCAUGCAGCAACCGUUAAUCAUAUUACUGUAUUUCAUGUCAGUCUUUUCCUGUGGAUAUUUUUUAAUGCCAUUGUAACCUUGAAUUUGUGAGUGAAAUAAUGUAGGAUUGGAAUCUGAUCUUCUAUACUUGGAUUUAAGUGGAUUUAAAAAAAUCUCUGAUGGGUUCAUAAUGAAUUUGUAAUGAUUACUUUGUCUUUCCUCCAAAUCCUAAAACUUUGUUCUUCAAAAGAGCAUUUCUUUGAACUUUUAGAAGCCAGUUUAUAAAGUGGAAAUAUUAGAGGAGUCAUAGAUCUUCUAUAUUCAGGAUUUACUAUAUACAUAAAUAUGAUAUCAGUAAGGUUCUUAGCCAGUUUGAUUGAUGCUCUCUGUAAUUCAAAACAAAUACAACUUAGUUAAUAAUCAAAAUUAUUACAUGGGAGGAGUUUACUUUGUAAUACAAGAAACAUGCAUCCACUUUAGUGAAUAGUUUUCCCACACUAAUAACAGUUGUGAGAUUUGAAGAAAUCUACAUUUAUUUCUUUCAAACUGGUUUUCCCAUUAGUAGGGUGUGUUUCCAGAAAAAAGGUACAAAGCAUAGCUAGUUGUUUAGAAUUUUUCUCACCUGUUUCCAUCAGUGUUUGGGGGACCAAGUUCAAGGCAGACAUUGAGUGACCGGCCCCCCGUGAUGAGAAUUCUCUGGGUUAGUGGUGUGGGGCUGGAAGGCAAGGUGUGCUUGUACCUGCUCGUCCUCUUUCAGAUUUGCUGAGGGCUUGCAUUACUUUGAUGGCUUUACAGUUAAAGUACAGAGAUGCUGCAGAAAACUCCAAUUCAGGAGCUCUUGCUCGGGUAUCUGAAGUCCCCCACCUGCUUUGCUAAGGAGGCUGACGACAGUGACUGGGCUGUCUGAUUCUGAGUUGGAGCCAGACCCGCCUCGGCAGUGAGAGGCAAAAGGGUGCUUAUGGGGAUCACUGCCCAUGGCACCUGUUGUUCUAAGAAAUGUUACCUUUGACUGUUUCUAACCAAAGGUGGGUAAGGGUCCUAUGUGAGGCUAAGUGUUUGGUAGGACAAAAUCAACAGUUGCUCUUUUCAGAGCUAAUAGUCUUUGCGAAUUGGCAUCCUUAUUUGUCAACUUUGAAAUAACAAAUGUUUGCCCAGGUAAUUAGCAUUGCACUGCUGGCAGCUUCCUCGAGCUGCACCUGUGUACAGACUUGGCUUUAAUUGAUGGUAAUCAACUUAUACAGAAAAUUUGCAGGAGCUGUGAUCAUGAGGCACUUUCGCUUGCCAGGGUCAUUAUCAGGUCCAGGUCCCCGUAUGUACAGCACGGAAGGAAAGAACUCAUAUUCUAAAGAAUAUGCAUUCUGGAACUAACCUUUUUAAAGUCAAGAAAUUUUUGCACCUGAAGAAAAUUUGCUUCAUAGGAGAAAUGAAACCAUUGUUAAAAGCCCUGUAAGUGUGUAUCAGUUGCAUGUUGGUGCUGACUCAGUAGUAAAUACCUGUGACUUCCUGGUAGCACCUUGGAGUACAUGUCCUUGCUCAAGUAUACCAUGAGCAGAAUGUAACAUUUCUCUAGGAAUCUGUUAAAUUUUCCUUAAUGGCCAAAAUUAUUUAGAUGAUCAUUAUGUAGGUAUACAGAAAAAGUUUUGUUUUUUUUUUUACUCCAAGUUGCCCAGACUAAGCCUUUCAGAAGGGACCUUAUAUUAACACUCCUGAAGUUAUGUUAGGUAAUUUACGUGUUCAGCUGAUCUAAAAAAACAGAUUUUUGUUUAUUUUCUUAUCAAUUUCUCGUUGAGGCAAAUACACAGAGUUGGUGCACCUGAGCCUCUUAGAAUAAAGUCGGGUUUUUUUCCCUCCCUCACCUAAUCUGUUCUCAUAAAUUGGGUAUUUAAUCCAAGAAACUCUGAGAUGGUUUGCUCAAUCUGAUGCCACUGUGUUUAUCCAAAAUAACGCUAUUACACCACAAGGGUGAGCCCACCCCACCAAGGUGAGGCAGAAGGAAGACCUGCUGUGUAGGAAAAUUUAACAGAUUCCUAGAGAAAUGCUACAUUCUGCUCAUGGUAUACUUGAGCAAGGGCACGUACUCCAAGGUGCUACAGUUCUGGGGACUCUGCUGUGCUCACCCCUCCACGCUGGGGGUGGGCGGUAUGAGCUAGGGGCCAACUUGUGUAACUAUAACUGUAGGGCAGAAAUUAAAGCUGGUGGUCUUAGGAAAGAACUGACGUCCGCGUGCGAGGGUGAGGGUUCAAGUGUAAGCAGGAAGCUCUGUCAGCAUCUUCAGUAUCAUGUCUGUAAGCUCUUUAACUCACCUGAAAACUUCUGUCAGAAUCCGGAAAAUGGCACAGGGGCAUGCUUCCCCACAUUAAAUGGGACUGGGAAAUUCAUUGCAUCGUCACAGCUGGAAAAGAAAAUUCCGAGUUGACGCUGUAACUAGUGCUGUACGUCAAAAUCAUUCACUCAGUCUCCAUAGCAGUACGGGGCAUCCUCAGAGGAAGGCAAAAGCCAUCACUUCUUUCAUUAUUUUUAAAAAUUAUAACAUUAAAAGCAUUUAAUCAAGGUCAUGCCCCAGAAGGGCUUUGUUAAUAUCCUUCCCAGGAGUUUUGUUCUAAUUGCUGAAUAAUGGAGAUUCUUUUUAACAAGUCCCUUCAGUAACUUCUCCCAGUCCAGGGGAUUUUGUGACACUGAAAUUUCAUUUUAUAGAAACUAGCAUCAUAAGGUUUCAGAGUACAUACAUCAAAUGGAUUAAAUCAGAAUCAGGAAACCUGCAAUUCACUUGAAUUAGAGCCAGUGAAAACAUUUAAUCAUAAUUCUGUUGACAUUUCAUGUGCUUACCUUCUAGCAUUCCUGGUUAAUUCAAACAGUAGCACCUGGAAACUGAUUUUUUUUUGGCUUGAUUUCUUCCAGCUGGUAUGGCUAUGAUCUGAUCUUUGCCUUAAAAGUUAUGCUUCUUUCUCAAAAGCACUUACACUUAUUAAGUAUAACGUGUGCAGAGUAAUGUGACACUGAGCUGACUUGUGGAUACCAGUGGGUGCUCAAGAGAAAUAAGUUGAUGCUGCCAAUAUUUGCUGAACAGCACUAAUAAAACAGGCACAAUAGUGGGUGAGGAUUGCAGGUCUCCCUGCGUGAGGCGAGACUUAGAAGAGCUCCGGGAAGUGGGUGUCCUCUAGAGAAAACAUUCAUUAUCUGGGGUCCCAGGAGAAGAAGAAACACUUUGGCUUUGGCUUUGGCUGUGAGAAUUUUAUUAAGCUUUUCUCCAGGGAAAAGGAAGUGGCAAACAAAGGCACCCUGUGAUCAUCAGUUUCUUACAAUAUACUUUGGUAGUACCAGCUUAGCUGUUUUCAGCGGAAAUCAUUAGCUUCCAUUUUUAGAAUGACAAACUAUUGGCUGCAUUCGUCUACAGUAAGCCAGGAAGAUGGAUGUUGAAAUUAAAAACAUUUUUGGAAAAAAGCCUGGUUUGAGCCUUUCUAGGCCCCUGGGCAGGAAUCGGGUCCUGUUUCUGGUUACUCGGUAGCUGUCGUUCCGACGGUCCGGCGCACGCCCUUUGCAGCCUGCUUCUGUAGCGGGGACACACGGGCCAGCUAUUCUCCUCCCAGUUUCCCCUGUGAGUCAAAGCUUUACUUCCCUGACGUGCUAAGAAGUAAUAGAUUUUACUCUGAGAAGUCGUGAAGCAUUUCAUAUGUUUACCUUUUCCUUAUUUAAAACAAAACGUAUAUAUAUGUACAGGAUGGAAUUGGCCAACUGUGAACAAUGUCAGGUUGUUAAGCCCAGCAGUCAUUACAAAUUCUAUAUCUUACAGGUAUAUUAUGUUAAAAGCCAAGGUAACAAAAUACUCAAAAUUCAUCACUUUCCAAUUAUUUUAUUAUCUUUGUUCUAGAUGUUGUUUAUGUCAAUUGUGCCUAUAUGGUGAUGAACCUACUGUGUCUCUUUCCAGUGAUGUUCAGGGAUAUCGCAUUGGUAGCUGGAAAUUGGCCAUGGUAGGGCUAUUUACACUGGAAAUCAGCAACUACUACAAAUUAGGACUUGAUUGACUGUUUUGUUGAUUUUCUAUACUUAAGAAAGGGGUGGGAAAAUGUCAGUAAUGUAGAUUAAAAGUGGUUGUGUCUGUAAGCUAUUACAUUGAGAAUAGCACAAAACUUGAGGAAAUAGUCUUCCAUUGUUUGGAAACAAUUAUCUGAUUUAUCUCAGUGAAGUCUGGUACACAAAGAAGUUUCACAUUCGUAUUACUCACGAAUGUAAACAAACAACAUUCAUGUCAGAAGUAUAUUUGUUGAUCAAUUGCAAUCAGAGGUUGGCUGCAUAUCAAGGAGCUUGGUGAAAAUCAACAAAAAGCUUUUUUUGAGAAUCGAUUGACUAUAUGGAAUUUACAGUAAAGAGUAUUGUGUAUUUUAUUCUUUAUAAAUUGUAUGUUCUGUACUUUUGUACUGAUAAAAUUUAUAAUAAAUAUACACUCAUGCAUGUAA